AUGAGCUCUCCUCUCGCGUUUCCCCCCUCUGAUGAUGGCACUCCACGCGCAUCCAGACGCCCUUUGUUCAAUCCUUCUACUCCCGGCGGCGCUACUCCUGGUUCCAUCCGUUUUAAUGAUGCGAGCUCCCCUCUAGCCUUCCCAGAAGGCUCUUCCUCGCCCAUGCGUCAGCCAGAAACACCCAGGCGCUUGUUCAGACCCUCAUCGGACCCACCCUCUGGGGGACCAACACCUCGCUCUGUCCGUCCCCGAGCAGAUCUGCGAUCCUCCGCCGUACGAAACAAUUUUCGACGUGCCCAUUCAAAUAUGCCGCCCUCCACGCCCGGUGGUGAAGACCGCAUUGCGUUCCCAAGCAGUUCAGCCGCGCCAACCCACCCCACGCUCUCAGCUCAGGAACUCCCUUCAGCAGAUGAUACCGUCGAACGUCUCGCAUGGGGAAGUACAUUUACCCACCGUGAAGUCUUCCAAGCAUUCUCCGACUUUUUGCGCAACUUCAAGGCCAAGUAUCGCACCGUAUUUGAUAGGGAGAGACGCGUCCCUACUCAGGUUGUCGCCCGUCCAGCUGAUGGAGAGAGGCUAGUAUAUCAAGGCUACCUCAAGACUAUGCUUAUAACGGAUCAAUAUAUACUCAAUCUCGAUCUCAUCGACUUGCAAGCCUAUGCGCCUACGAAGAAGCUGCAUAAUGCGCUCGUUAAAUUCCCUGAAGAAGUAGUCCCGAUGCUCGAUCAAUGCUUGGCUGAUGCACUCGAAGAAUUGGUCCAGACAGAGGGAAUGGAUACCGACAGAGAACAUCUCGACGUGGCCUACAGAGUCAGACCAUUUAUCAGCGACGAUGUCGUGAACAUGCGAGAACUCAAUCCGAGUGAUACCGAUAAACUCGUGGCUAUCAAAGGUCUCGUCAUUCGUGCCACACCCAUCAUCCCGGACAUGUCAGAAGCGUUUUUCCGUUGCGUGAUUUGCCAUCAUACUAUGCAAGUCCAGAUUGACCGAGGUCGUAUUAGCGAACCCGAUCGUUGCCCUCGACAAGUCUGCGCCUCGCCAGGCAGCAUGGUUCUCAUCCACAACCGGAGCUCAUUCGCAGAUCGACAGGUCGUCCGGCUUCAAGAGACGCCUGAUGUCGUACCAGCUGGUCAGACUCCUCAUACCGUUUCGUUGGCAUGCUACGACGAAUUAGUGGAUAUCGGCAAACCCGGUGACCGCGUUAUCGUGACUGGCAUAUUCAGAGCUGUGCCCGUUCGGUCCAACCCAAGGCAGAGGGCUGUCAAGGCUUUGUUCAGGACAUAUUUGGAUGUGCUUCAUAUUCAGAGAGGUGCACCCAAUCGCUUGGGGCUCGACGCCAGCACGAGAGAAGACGGAGAUCGUCGAGUCGGAGCAAUGGGUGUAGGCGGAGAGGACGAAGAUGAUGUUGCGUUGACCGUUGAUGCCGAGAGGCAGGACGAGGAAGAAGAAGAGACCCGCGCCAAACAGAUGGAGGCUACUCUGAAAGAAAUUAGCCAGCGGCCGGACGUGUACGAGCUGUUGGCCAGGUCUCUGGCGCCCAGUAUUUGGGAGUUGGAAGACGUGAAAAAGGGAAUAUUGUUACAGUUGUUUGGUGGGACAAAUAAGAGCGUCGCGAAUGGUGGAGGUGGAGGUGGUCCUCGUUAUCGAGGAGACAUCAAUGUAUUACUCGUCGGUGAUCCUGGUACCAGUAAGAGUCAGAUUUUGCAGUAUGUGCACAAGAUUGCACCUCGUGGCGUCUAUACCUCCGGGAAGGGUUCCUCGGCUGUCGGUCUGACUGCAUAUGUCACCCGUGAUCCAGACUCGAAGCAGCUGGUCUUGGAGAGUGGUGCGCUCGUGCUCAGUGAUGGUGGUGUGUGCUGCAUCGAUGAGUUCGACAAGAUGUCGGAUGCCACCCGAAGUGUGUUACACGAAGUCAUGGAACAACAAACAGUUUCCAUCGCAAAAGCUGGCAUCAUCACCACCCUCAACGCACGUACAUCUAUUCUCGCCGCAGCCAACCCGGUUCAGAGUAAAUACAACCCCAAAUGGCCAAUUACCCGAAAUAUCGAUCUACCCCCUACUCUUAUCUCUCGUUUUGACUUGGUCUAUCUGGUGCUCGAUAAUAUUGACGAAUCGACUGACCGACGUCUUGCUCAGCACUUGGUCGGGAUGUAUUUGGAGGACAAGCCGGAAAGCGCUGCCACGGAUAUUAUUCCCGUCGAAACAUUGACUGCAUACAUUUCUUAUGCACGUACAAAAAUCCAGCCCCGCCUCACCGAAGAAGCUGGAAACGAACUAGUCACCGAAUACGUUGCCCUUCGCAAACUAGGUGCAGACGCGCGCUCUUCAGAACGUCGUAUCACCGCCACUACCCGUCAACUAGAGAGCAUGAUUCGGCUGUCAGAAGCACACGCGCGUAUGCGUUUCUCCCAGCUCGUGGAGCUGGAAGACGUAAAGGAAGCCUGUCGACUUAUGCGCGAGGCUCUGCGCACAAGCGCGACUGACCCAACCACUGGCUUGCUGGAUAUGGACUUGAUCAAUACCGGAUCAGGAGCCGGACAGCGCCGUGCGCGUGCGGACCUGAAACGCGAAGUGACGCGGCUUGCGUCUGAAAUGGGUGCAGGGGGUGCUCGGGCCGUCAAGUGGACGGAACUACAGCGCGAGCUGGCGAAGCAGAGCUCGGUUGGGGUCGAAGCUUCGGAGUUCAACGAGGUUGUGAGGGCGCUGGAGUCUGAGGGUGCUGUGAGGAUUGCUGGGGAGAGGGACAAGAGGACUAUUCAGCUUGUUGGUGGUAACGCAUAA